GGUUCCUGAAGAGGAGAGCUCGAAGCAUCAAGUCAUCCUCGACUCAGGUGCUGAUAUCACUGUGCUCCCGGCCUCGAUGUUCAGAGACGUUGGCGCGCCGAGCGCCACCAGCGUCAACCUACUUGAUGCUCAAGGCGGGGCAAUUCCACAGCAAGCUGGGAGGACUCGAGUGACUUUCGAGGUUGAGGGCUACAACGGUGAGCGCAUUUGCUUUAAAGAUGAUGUCAUUUUGGCUAGUGUGAAGCAGCCUUUGCUUUGCCUCAGAAAGCUGAUCCGCAAGAAUUGGUUGUUGAGCAGACGAGACAAUGAUCGGCUUGUUCUUGAGAAGGAUGGUAGAGCUUUUCGUGUUGAUUGGAGCAAGAACUCCCUGUCGGCGUGCAUGAAGAUUUAUAGCGCUGAAGCUUCUGAUGAGAGUGCCCCUGAAGAGUCUUUGAGUGAAAGAGCUGUCGUUGAGCUGAGCGUCACCACUUGGGAUUCCCUCUCGGAGCUGGGCUGGCAACUCACUGAAGAUGGGAACCCAGCACACGUGGCUUUGGAUGCUGAGCACACUGUGGACCCGUCGUUGGUCUACCCGUUGCCUGUGUAUCCCUUUAGGACCACUUUGCUGUCGGUGAGCGGUAGACCAGAGCGGCAGUUUGAGAUUUUCGAGUGUGCAGAGUAUUGGGAAGCGAAGCCGGUGAUGGAUUUGGGGUUGAAGGCGAAGGUGAUGAUCACUGUUUUGACGAAGAACCCCAUGGACCCACAAGAGAUCGGAAAUCUCGUUGACAUUCCCCCGGUUGUUCCCUCGUUUCCGGAAGCUCCCGUAGCCGAGGCACCACAGCUCGAGAACGUGGACGAUCCGAUGGAGCCCGAAGCUGGUGAACGUGUCCUUGGCCCUGAAAUGCACUUGGUCCCUGAUGUUGGUGAGGUGGCGGUGCAAGCGUCUGAUGCAGUGACCGAAGCUUUUGCUCAUGAUGCACAUCCUCAAGCGUUACCAGUUCGACCUGAUCCCGCCACAGUUGCACUUCACGAGCUGACGCACAUCCCUAGGAUGGAUUGGUGUGAGUCAUGUCAAGCCACUAGAUCCCGUGAGGACAGCCACUCCACAAAACCUCCAGUUCGUGAACAGCCUGUUGUGUCCAUGGACUUUAUGUUCAAUCGCACCGGGGAUGAUAAACCUGAACCAGAGCAUCCAAUGCAGACCCACCUCGUGGUCGUCGACCAGAACACAAAGUUUGUGCUCUGCAUCCCGGUGCAGUCUAAAGGUUCGUUGAAAGUGGCCGUGGAAGAGAUAGUGAAGCUUACCAGCAGCCUCGGGUAUACCAAGUUGACCUUGCGUGCCGAUUCGGAGCCAGCUAUGGUCCAGCUGACCAACUUAGUCAAGAUUGCGAGGUCGAGACUGGGGUUUGCCACCACGGUGGAGUUUGCUCCUCCGGACUCAAGUGAGCAUCAAGGCUUGAGGGCAGAGCGGUAUAUCGAUAUCGUUAGGCAUGCAGCAUUUUUGUUGAGUCGUUUUCGUGUGCAUUCCGACGGCUGCACUUCUUUCGAGCUUGUACACGGGCGCAAAUAUGAAGCCAAGCUCGCACCGUUUGGUUCCACGAUCUUUGCGCAUCCUAUCCCCAAACCGAAAGCCAAGGGUGUUGCGUGGGAGAAAGCGGUGUUCCUGGGCAAGUCAACGGUGGGCAACCUGAACAUCAUCAGUAACGCCAAGGGGGUCCAGUAUUCACGUACCAUGCGGAGGGCUGCCGAAGAGUAUCAAGCUGAUCUUGUGAUGGCCAUGCGUGGUGUUCCCUGGGACCCUAGAGAAGAUGUCGUAGGAGUGAAGUUGAAGCCUCCACUUCGAGUUCGUUUUCCCGUUGCAGCCGAAAGCGGUCCUCCCCCUCCUGAACCCGAACCUCCAGUUGGCACGGCAGCUCAGGAUGAAGCAGGUGAUUUCGAGCUAGGCCAUGAAGACGAUAUUGUCGCAUGCGGUGAAGAUGAAGAGCUAGAGGAAGUGAGUGAAGAGCCCGCGUUUUCUGUGAGCGCACUGGCGUCACUGGACGCCCAGAUGGAAGAGAAAGAGAUUCAGCGGUCAGGGAAGUUCAAACUCAAGUGCCGCUACGUCAAGGAUUGGCGGUACCGCGGAGGUUGGUGUAGAAGAGCACGUUUGGUAGCAAAGGAGUACAAGUUCCUCGAGCCUCAUCUCCAGGAUAUUUACUCACCGGCCUCCACGGCGUGUUCUCAGAAACUUCUGGCCUGCCUCGCGGCCACAAAUUCGUCUCUCGAACUUUGGUCAGUAGACAUUACAGACGCAUAUCUUCAAGUUCCACAGAAAAGGCCCACCUACAUUGAGACCCCGCUCGGUAACCUCGAGCUCUUGUACAACCUUCCAGGUCAAAGAUCGGGGGCAAAGGAUUUGUACGAAUUCUUCAAAGAUGUGGUCACCGAGCAAGGGAUGCAGUGUUUUGAGGGGAGUCCUUCCCUUUUCGCGAAACCCCAGGAAGCUGGUCUCAACAGCCACGUGGAUGACUUCCAAGUCCUCGCGGUGGCCGGCAAAGGAAAGCAACUUGUUGAGAAGAUUGAGGAGAAGGGGCUCAAGGUUAAGGUUGAGGGUCCAGUGACUUUGCAUGGUGGAGAAGCGAGCUUCUUGAAGAAGACGUUUGAAGAUGGCAGUGACAGCAUUCUUGUAAAGCUGAACAAGAAGUACAUCGAGCGAUUGGUUUCCUUGCUUGGUCUUGAGAAGGCGUCAGGAAAGAUGACCCCAGUUCCAACAACGAUUCCCAAAGCUGGAGACGGCGAGCCUUUGGAUGCAGGUGACCACGCGCUUUAUCGGACGUGCAUAGGGGGUGACUGUGCUCGUGAUGCUCCUUUCGGAAAGAUGCACCUUGUGGAGGUGGUGACCGAUGCAGAUUGG